AUGUCUGACGUAGAAGAGCCAACCUCCCCAAUUGUCGCCGAGGCCGAUGAGGUCGAAGUUUCCGGAGAUGCAUCCAAGGGACAAAUGUCCGUUAUCGACGCAUUGAAGGGUGUCCUCAAGCUCGCACUUAUGCACGAUGGUCUCGCCAGAGGUCUCCGUGAAGCCUCCAAGGCUCUCGACCGUCGCCAAGCACACAUGUGUGUUCUCAACGAGGCAUGCGAGGAGGAAGCAUACAAGAAGUUGGUCGUUGCUCUCUGCUCCGAGCACAAGAUCCCCUUGAUCAAGGUUCCAGACGGAAAGCAAUUGGGCGAGUGGGCUGGUUUGUGUGUUUUGGACCGUGAGGGUAACGCACGCAAGGUUGUCAACUGCUCCUGCGUUGUCGUCAAGGAUUGGGGUGAGGAGUCUCAAGAGCGCACCAUGCUCCUCAACUACUUCCAAACCGAGCAAUAA